AUGCAUAGCAAUAGAAAAGGCAUUACAUUAAGAAGACUAAUAAAUAAAAGCAUAGGAGGCCUUGGCUUUGGAUAUGAUUUCGACCCGAUAAACAAAGAUGACUGGAUUAAGAAAGCCAAAUCGUCAAUCGAACAGCUCAUCCUAGACUACGAGAACGGAGUAACCAGCGAUGAAAACAUAAUUGACGGUAUUGAUAUUAACUAUGAACACAUCUCUUCUAGUGUGGAUGACUUUUCCAACUGGAUAGGGGAAAUCAUAAAACAACUCAAGGAGGAUCCUAAUCUAACGGAACCUCCAAUAAGAGGUCCCUCAACCAUUCUGCUUCUUGUCCAGCAGACGCAAGAGCCACAAACUCUGAUUCCAUGGUUGAGAGAAUCCAUGAAUGUCGUGUCCAUUGCUCCAACAGAGCGUCUCCGAUCCCACUACCUCAAAUUGUAUCGCGACAACCAAGACAAUAUUGACUGGAUUGACUACAAGUUCUACAAUCAGUUUUUUAAAUCAACAGAUGACUUUGUAGAUCUCUUUUAUCAACUAGUUUCUGAUUACGGUACUCCCUAUAAACUCCUGGCAGGAGUCAACACCGAAAUGAGUAUUCCACCAACUACGAGGAAUCAGGAUCUCUUUGUUGGUGGAUGCUCAAUCCUCAUCAACCGUGCAUCACUAGCUGGAGUUUUUGUUUGGGAUGCUAAUGCAUCAACCCCCACAUAUUCACUUGAGGUAGACCUUCAAAAACUCCUUACUAAAAGUGAUUACUAA